UCUCCCUACAGCCCUUCUGGUGGUGGGACGCCCACCCACAUUCAGCCAUGAGGAUCCUCCAGCUGCUCUUUGCCAUCGUUGUCAUUCUCCUCCUCCAGGAUGCGCCUGCAAGAGGUUUUUCAGACAGCCAGCUGUGCAGGAACAACCAUGGCCACUGCCGGAGGCUCUGCUUCCACAUGGAGAGCUGGGCUGGGAGCUGCAUGAACGGCCGCCUGCGCUGCUGCAGGUUCUCCACCAAGCAGCCCUUUUCCAACCCUAAACAUUCAGUGCUGCACACAGCAGAGCAGGACCCUUCCCCAAGCCUUGGAGGGACGUGAAAGCUGUCAGGAGGCUUUAUUGUCCAGAUCUUCAGGCUGCUAUCAGCGACUCCCACACGCUGGAAGUGAGAUAUGUGUGACAACAUUUUUUCCGUUGGCAAGCUUAUCAUUGCCGAGAAGAGGGGAAGGGAUUGGGGAGGGCAGUGGAGAGGAGGGGGGAAAGGAAGGGAGGUGGAUGGGUAUGAACGCCCACCCUCUCCAUCCUUCGUUCACCCCAUGCUCCCCAGGCCUAUGAAAGGAGAGGAAAACAUAUUUUUGGAGGAGCACAUUGGGAACAGAGUUAUAUCGGACCUACAGCCUGCUGGCCCAGUAGGGACUAUACUACAUUCCUUGGGUAAGAUCCUAAAACUCUCUUCCUGAAAACGUAUCUCUUAAUUCAUAUGGGUAUACAUACAAAUGGAAAGACCUUCUGGAGGGAUAUUGGCUGUGCUAUCAAGACCUCAUGGGGCAUGAUCCCAGUUGUCAACUGCACGUUGCAUCUCAUCAUGUUUUUGCAGUGAUCAGAUUGUCGGGCUCUGGGAAGGAAGGGUCUUGGCCCACAGUCUUGUUUUGCAGAGCAGAGCCUGAAACCUGGCUUUCUCAGCCUUUGGAGAAGGAAAAAAAAAUAACAGAAU